AUGGAAUUCCCUGUUGCCCUCCGCCCCCUCCUGCAAACCCGCAUCGCUCUCCGACACAUCUCCUGCUCUAUCCAUCCCUCUCGAACCUUCUCAUCUGACCCACUACCAAACAGCAACGGUGCUCGCGACCAAUUCGGAAACGGUCCUUCACCACCUCGUCUUCCCAAGGAAGAGCAAGAAAUCUUCGAAAACCUCCAAAAACAAUCAACUGGCGCAUUUAGCACUCCCCGCUCGCCGCCAAAUAUCAACCAGUCUCCCCAAUCAUCAGAAUCCUCCUCCUCCCCGACAACAGGCAACUUCCAAUUUGAAGCGACUGGAUCAGGUGAGGAAUUACACCCUGAUAUCUACCGUGGUGCGAAGCCGGAGUUUGAAGGAGACACGAACCCCAAGACGGGUGAGGUUGGGGGUCCGAAGAAUGAGCCGUUGCGAUGGGGUGCGCGGGGAGAUUGGAGUUUUAAUGGGAGGGUGACGGAUUUCUGA